CCCAGAGGAGGGAGGGGAGACUGGUGUACUUAGGCAGAGCAGGCAAAGUUGAGAGCAGGAGGAGGAGUAUUUUAGGAGUGUGUGAUCCUGGCCAGCAUGCACUGCUGAUACAAAUCUAUGGACAGGUCCACCUUGCACCACCUCUCAGCUCCCACCUGAUCAAAACUCAACUUUAAGGAGCCAGGCUGCAGAGCAAGGAAAGGAGAUUCUGUGCUUGUAUUCUGCAGAUGUGUUGUGAUUUAAGAUCCUCUCUGCUGGAGGGGGGUCUGUAGAAAUAAAAAUGCACUUUCAUGCCCAGGGAGCUGCUGUGACUAUGAUGAGCUUGCUGUGACUAUGUUACAAUCCACCAUCAUUUACUCAAGCAUGGGUACAGACUCCUGGAUUCUGUGACUUGCAAAUCAGACUGGACAGAUCACCCAACUGGCCAGGGUGCAAUCCUUCUGUCUCAUGAACUUUGGAUAUUAACCUGUUAAUUUAAUUUGUGGAUAAUUAGCUCUCUUCAGUAUGGAUUACAAGAGUGUGUGGUUUCCAGUGGCAAUGCUUUUCUUAGGAUUUGCUACACUGUUUCUUCAAUCAGAAGGUGCUUGUGUCCACCAGGGCUCCUUAUUUGCGAACAAUACUGAAUGGAAGCCAGACUCUUGCACGGACUGCACUUGCCAUAAUGACAUUGUCGUUUGUGAAAACACCAAUUGCAGAGACCCGCAGUGCGACUACUCAAAGGGAGAAAUUCUCCGGAUUGAGCAAAACAAAUGUUGUCCUGAAUGUGCCUCCAGAAGUCAUGGGUAUUGCCAGUACGAAGAAAUGGUCUACGCUCAUGGUACCCAGUGGACAGCAUCUGAAUGCACCGUGUGCUCAUGUAUGAAUGGAAAAGUUACGUGUGCCCCAAAGUCCUGUCCUAUUCCAAGAUGCAAGAAAGGAGAGGUUGAGCAUCUAGCUCCCGGAAAAUGCUGUCCUACCUGUGUGGGGACUGGAGACCCAUGCUCUAUUGAUGGACACAUGCUGCGGGAUGGCGAAGAGCAUCAGCUGAGCAAGUGCUCUAAAUGUACAUGCGAGAAUGGCGCAACUCACUGCUUUACUGAGGCUUGUCCACCCAUGUUUUGUGAUAAGGACGAAACCUUGGCUGUCAUACCCGGAAAGUGUUGUCCUGAGUGCCUUCCAAAACCCUGCGCUGUAUCUGGAAAGACAUAUGAGCAUGGUGUACAAUGGCAUAGAAAUUACUGUACAACAUGUACAUGUGACAAAGGAAGUGUCAAGUGCCAUACAAAAACUUGUUACCCUCUUACAUGCGAAAAGGGUCUGACAAACAUAAGGAAGUCUGGACAAUGUUGUGAGGAGUGUGUAACAACCAAGGGAAGCUGCAUGUUUGAAGGUUUGAUUAAGUACCACGGAGACCUUUGGAAUGGGAGUAACUGUGACCACUGCAUGUGUGAUCAAGGCAAAGUCAUCUGCCAAGAAGCACAGUGUGCCAACGUGGAAUGCUCAUGGGGUGAAGAAUUGGUUCAUUUUGAUGGGAAAUGCUGCCCAGAGUGUGUUUUAAGCACUGGUUACUGUAUCUACAACGUACACACGGCGGAGCAUUCCAAUUCUGAUAUGGGUGGAGUGAAGCAUUUAGUGAAUGGAGACAAAUGGAGUGAAGGUCCGUGCAGGGUAUGUGAGUGCAAAAAUGGCCAAGUGACCUGCUUCUCUGAGUCCUGUACCUUAUGCCCUCUUGGGACACUAGCUAUGAACGUGGCGGGGAAGUGCUGUCCACAAUGCAGACCAGAUCAGUGCCACCCAGACUGUUUAACCUGCUCUCAGUCUAUUGACCAUUGUGACAUCUGCCGUGAUGAGACUCGAUUUCUGCAGAUGGGAGGCUGUGUGCACAGCUGCGACCCUGGAUUCUAUCAGGAUGGCAAAACAUGUCUAGCUUGCAGAGAAUCAUGUUCCAGCUGUAAAAAUGGUUUUGAGUGCACUUCCUGUGUGGCCUCACUGUAUCUGGACAAUGGUCAGUGUGUGACUUCCUGUGGCCAGGGAUAUUUUCAGAGUCACCUUGUCUGUGCAGCGUGCCAUGAAUCUUGCUCACAAUGUCGUGGGCCUCUUGAAGGUGAUUGCUUGAGCUGCAAGGAAUCUUUGCAAGUUAUUCAAGGAGGCUUCUGUGUCUCCAGGUGUGGUCCAGGAUUCUAUGAGCAGAACGGAACCUGUGCAGUGUGUGAUUCUUCAUGUCUAUUGUGUUCAGCUGACACGUGUUUAGCAUGUGCCAAAGGCAGUACAUUUCAUAGAGGAAAAUGUGUUCCAGAAUGUCCUGAAGGUUUUUACGCAGACCGCUCAGGUCUAUGUACAGCCUGUCACAAGGAGUGUAGCUCAUGUUCUGGACCAUUAGCCAAUCAGUGCCUAUCUUGUGUGCCUCCUCUGAUCUUGCUAAAAGGUCAAUGCGUCAGCAACUGCGGAGAAGGCUAUUUUUCUGAUGGCAGUUACUGCAAUGCCUGCCAUCCAUCUUGUCGUGCCUGCCUGGGCCAUGAAGAUUCUCACUGCACAAAGUGUGUGAAGUCAGAUGACUCCCUUCAAGCAGUACAACUGUAUCGAGGAAAACCUUAUGGGACUUGUCAGGCUCAGUGCAAGCCCCAGUUUUAUGUAGACACGGUUUGCAUAUGCCAAGAAUGCCAUGCUUCGUGCCAGGCCUGUGCAGGGGAGGGCCAUUUAAACUGCACUGCCUGCAAUUCUCCAGAUGUUCUGUAUCAGAGCACAUGCUUGAAAAGAUGCCCAGAUGGCUUCUACAGCAAAGAUUCAGCUUGUCAUACAUGCCAUCCUUCUUGCAAGGAGUGCAGUGGACCUGCUGAUCGAGACUGUCUGACAUGCCACCCCCAUGCACUUCUCAGAGAUGGAAGUUGCAAAACCUCCUGUGCAGAUGGACAGUACCUCAAUUUAGUGGGAUAUUGUGUGGAUUGUCACCCUCAGUGUCAACAUUGUUUGGCAAACCUGCAUGAGUCUGGCAGCGUGUGUCUCAAAUGUCCGUACUCUCGCUACUAUUUUGUUGGUGAUCAAUGCCUUCCCGAAUGUCCUGCAGGAUUUUACAUAGAUGGCCGGACCUGUAGACGUUGUCAUCCCUCUUGUAAAACCUGCAGCGGUCCCGGAAUUAGCUAUUGCUCUUCCUGCAAAGAUGGCCUUGUUUUAUCUCACAAAGGCACUUGUAUUCAGAAGUGUUUCCAAGGGUACUACAGUGAUGGACAGGUUUGUAGAGCCUGUAACAGCCAGUGUUUGACCUGCGAUUCAGCAUCAGGAUGUUUGGCAUGUAAAGAUCCGACCAAGGUUCUGAUGUUUGGAGAAUGCCAGUAUGAAAGCUGUGCCCAGCAGUACUAUCUAGACUACUCUACUGGAACAUGCAAAGAGUGUGACUGGAGUUGUAAUGCCUGCAAAGGACCCCUGAAGAAUGACUGCCUGCAGUGUAUGGACCACUACAUUCUGUAUGCUGGGGCCUGCAUUGAACACUGCCCAUCUUCUUUUUUCAAGCACGGGGAUACCUGCCAUGAAUGCUCAGAUAACUGCCUUGCAUGUAAUGGACCUAAUUACUGUAGCCAAUGCCAGAUUCCAUUCUACCUCCAAGAUGGACAGUGUGUCAAAGAGUGUACAAAACCAUACUUGACUUCCCAUGCUGAUCGCAAAUGUUUAGCAUGCCCUCCUCAAUGCCUGGAUUGUGAUGAAGACAUGAAAUGCAGAUUUUGUGACAGCAGGACAUUUCUAAAGAAUGAUGUAUGUGUAUCUCACUGUGGACAUGGAUUUUCAAGCAACUAUACAAGCAGGAAGUGUCAAGUAAAUGUUCAUGCUCCUGUGCUUCAUGUGAAUGGGUCACUCACAGUUGGUAUUGGUGCAGUAAGACUUUUGGAUUUGUCCUUUAUAAACGCACACGAUCAAGACACGGAAGAUAUCAGCCUCAUAUUUCACGUAGUGACCCCUCCUACCAAUGGUAGACUAGUAAAACUGAUGAAUGGAAAAGAAGCUCAUCUAAUCAAAGAUACCCACUUCAGCUGGGAGGAUCUGAGAGAGAAGAAAGUGAGAUUCAAGCACAGCAAAGAAAAAUCUAGGAAUGGAUUAUUUUCUCUGAAAGUCAGCGAUGGGCAGUUUUUCUCACAACUGAAAACGAUCAAUAUACAAGCUAAAUCAACAAAGGGAACAUAUGUUGUAAAGAAUGAGGUUCUUGUGGUUGGUAGUGGAAAAUCCGUAACAAUCACUGGUUCCCUGCUAGAUAUACGAGAUGAUGAUAAUCCGGAAGAUGUGGUAGUGACUGUUCUAGAGGCUCCACGGCAUGGUCAUUUGCUUAUACCACCAGGGAAGACUCCCGUUAACAAAUUCCAUCUAGAUGAUAUUAAAAAAGGCAUUCUUCUUUAUGUCCACAACGGAUCAAAGAGCCAAUCAGAUGUGAUUCUCCUGCAAGUCAAUGAUGGAUACAACUUUAAUAAUAUUCCCAUUAAUGUCAAAGUUAUGGAAAAGAUGAAUGAAGGGUUGAAACUUGUAUCAAAUGCUGCUGUGUGGGUUGCCGAGGGGGGAAUGCUUCAGAUAUCUAACAGACUUCUCCAAACCAAAGCUGUUAGUGUCACCGACUCUAACAUCAUCUACACUAUCACAAGGGAACACCCAAGGUUUGGUGAAGUUGUGCUUCUGGUCCCAAUGCCAGCAGAUGGACCUGCUGAAAGCUGGAAACGCCUGCCUGAUGGAAGGUUGGCCACACCAACUUCUUCUUUUACCCAGGAAGAUAUUAAUGAGGGGCUCGUAUGGUAUCGCCACUUAGGAUCUCAGGCACAAGAAAGAGACUCGUUUAGCUUUCAGGUUUCCACUACAGAAAGCACUCAGGUUGCUGAAGACAGACAUGUAUUCAAUAUAGGCAUUAUACCUAACCACCCUGGUGCUCCUCAGUUGUCUCCUGGAAGCAGCCUUCAUAUGACCGCCCUCGAAGACCGUCUGACAGUGAUUGGAUCACAUUAUCUUUCCUUUGUUGAUGCCGAGAGCCCCAGUGAAAAAAUAGUCUACAAUGUAACUGUGCCCUUACAGGUUCACGAAGGUAUCCUGGAACACAAGGAAAAGCCUCUGACCUUUGUAAGGCACUUCACUCAGGCAGAUAUUAACCAGGGGAAUAUUGCGUAUCGUCCCCCAAGAGCAUCCCCACGUCUGAGUGACAUUGUGGACUAUUCCUUCACAGGUCUGCCAGAAUCUGUGAGCUUCUUCUUUACAGUUUCAGAUGGUGAAUUCACUACAGCUGAGAUGCCAUUCACGAUCCAUUUGCUUUCCUCUGAGCAGCAGCCUCCUGAGUUCCAGAUCGCAUCCCCGUUUCUUGAAGUCACCCAAGGAGGACGAGCUUUCAUUGGUGUACAGCUGACAGUGACGGAUGCAGACACUGCACCAGAAGAUCUGUUUUAUGAACUGGUAGAACAACCUCGACAUGGGCUUUUGAUGAAGUCUGACUCUGGCAUACAGAGCCCUAUGAAUGCAGGUGAUACAUUUACAUAUGAAGACAUCAACAGGAAUGCCCUGUAUUAUGUCCACGAUGGAUCAAAUGUAAAAGAAGACAGAAUGGAGAUAGCAGUGACAGAUGGGAUCACCUCCACUACAACCCUUCUUAAGGUGGUAGUGUCACUAGCUAAUGACAGUGGACCACGUCUUGUACCUGGCUCUAUGUUGGCCAUCUCAGUGACUGGAAGGACCUCGGUUACCAUAACAAGGUCCCAUCUUGCUUAUAUGGAUAAUAACUCUCCUGAUUUGAAAAUACGAAUCCAGUUGGUGACGGAACCCAUGUAUGGCUUUCUGAUAAAGGCAGAAUCAGGUGAAGAGGAGGAACUCUCUGAAUUCUCUUUUUUCACCAUGGUUGAUAUUAAUAACCAGAAGAUUAAGUAUUCUUCGGCAAUUGAAAAUGAGAGCCAGACCAUCACUGAUAUAUUUCAUUUCACCGUCUACAAUGCGGACAAUGAGCGCCUUGACAAUCAGAUGUUUACCAUAACCAUUAUACCGGCCAGCAGACAGCUUGCCUUCAUUAAGUCUGAAGAAAAGAUAUCUGUGGAAGAAGGAGGGAGGACACUCCUGUCUCAGCGCUACUUUUUAGUUGCAGAUUCAUUGACUUCCACAAGACAUCUAAGAAUCCAGAUAAUCAGCCAACCACAGUUUGGAUACAUAGAAAAUAUUAAAAAUGGCAGACAGAUAUCUCUUAAAAAUCACAUGGAAUCGGAUAGUACAUUCUCAUUUCAGGACAUUGUGGAGAAUCACAUCUACUAUGUGCAGAGUGUCCAUGACAGUGUAGAACCCAGUGUGGAUUUUUUUAGCUUCUUCAUAACAGAUGGAACCAGUCAAUCUGAGGUCCAAAACAUCACCAUUCUCAUACAGGGCAAGAAUGAUGAACCUCCUCAGGUCUCCUUAACACCUUUGCGAGUUCAUGACAAUGCAGGAGCAGUGAUCCGAAAUACUUGUUUAAGUGUCCAGGAUGUUGAUACUCCAGAUAACGUGCUUACUUUUAUUAUAACCAAGACACCUGUUAAUGGAAUCCUACGGAGAAGGCAAUUCUAUUCGGAACCCUUGGAUAAUGGUCGGAUUCUAUCUCAGGGGUCUUCUUUCACCUACCAAGAUGUUCUAGAUGAGUUGAUUGUGUAUAUACCCAAAAUCGUGACCAUUGCUUCAGACGAAUUCCAGUUCUCUCUCUCAGAUGGCCAUUACACAAAGACUGGAAAGGUAGAGAUCUCUAUUGAACCACUGAAAAAAGAACACCCAAGAUUAACUAUCAACAGAGGCCUACAGAUAUCAGCAGGCUCCAUUGCUACAAUCACAGAUCAGCAUUUAAUGGGUAUAGAUAUCGAUUCAGAAGACACUAAACUCCGGUACAUCAUAAAGAAGGAUCCAGCCGUGGGGCGACUACAGAUGUCAAAGAACAAUAACCUAGUACAGAUUUCUGUGAAAGGACCUGUCAAUAGCUUCACCCAGAUGGAUAUAAAUAAAGGCCAUCUUCAAUACAAGCAUGAAAAAGGAGAAGCUGGAGGUAGUUUUGCUUUCAAGUUUGAUGUAGUGGAUACAGAGGACAACAAACUGAUUGACCAGUCCUUCUACAUAAGUAUAUUAGAAGACAAACUGCCCCCAACCAUUACUGCCAAUAAAGGUCUUACACUGGAUGAAAACUCAGUCAAAAAAAUCACCACCCAGCUUCUCUCUGCCACGGAUCAGGACAGCGAGCCACGGGAACUCCUGUUCCAUAUCACAAAACAACCCAGUCUUGGUUACUUAGAACAUCUCGGAUCUCCAGGUGUAAAGAUUAGCAGAUUUAGCCAGGCUGACCUAGAAUCACGAAGCAUUCAGUAUAUCCACACCAGUGCAGAGGAGAAACAUUCAGAUGAAUUUACUUUUACGGUUUCCGAUGGAGUGAAUGAGGUCUCCCAAACAUUUGCUAUUACUAUAAAUAAAGUGGAUGAUUCCUUGCCUGUGGUUCAGAAUUCCGGAAUGAGGGUUCAGGAAGGAGUGCGGAAAACCAUCACAGAGUUUGAACUGAAAGCAGUAGAUGCGGAUACUGAGGCAGAAUCCAUUACAUUUACUAUUGUUCAACCACCCCGGUAUGGAGUUAUUGAACGUAGCAGUAAUGGCCAGAGCUUUCGUCAGACUAUCACCUUCACUAUGGAUGACAUAUACCAGAAUCGAAUAAGCUAUAGCCAUGAUGGGAGCAAUACCAUCAAAGACCGAUUUUCUUUCACUGUGUCUGAUGGAACUAACCCCUUCUUCAUUGUAGAGGAAGGAGAAAAAGAGAUUGUAACUGCAGCACCUCAGAGAUUUAAGGUGGACAUCCUUCCUGUAGAUGAUGGAACACCAAGAAUUGUCACCAACCUGGGCCUUCAGUGGUUGGAAUACAUGGAUGGCAAAGCUUCAAACCUCAUAAGUAAGAAGGAAUUAAUGACUAUAGACCCAGACACUGAAGACAAGCAGCUGAUUUAUGAGAUAUCAAGUGGGCCAGUCCAUGGCCAGAUAGAACACAAGCUGAAAGCAGGAAUAUCAGUCACUACAUUUACUCAAGAAGAGAUAAACCUUGGCUUAAUUCGGUACAUUCUACACGAGGAGAAGCAUAAAGAAACAAUGGAUAACUUUAAGUUCCUUGUGAAAGAUAGUAAACCAAAUGUUGUGAGUGACAAUGUGUUCCAUAUCCAGUGGUCUUUGAUCAGUUUCACACAUGCUAGCUACAACGUGAGCGAAAAAGCAGGCACUAUCAGUGUUACUGUAAAGAGGACUGGGAAUCUCAACCAGUAUGCAAUUGUGUUAUGCCGCACAGAACAAGACACAGCCAAGUCUAGCUCUAGUAUGGGCUUGCGGCCUGGCCAGCAGGACUAUGUGGAGUAUGCAGGACAGGUGCAAUUUGAUGAACGAGAAGACACCAAAGCUUGUACAAUCAUUAUCAAUGACGACCAGGUGUACGAGAACAUAGAGAGGUUUACCGUGGAGCUCAGCAUGCCAGCCUAUGCGUUACUGGGCCGCAUCACAAAAGCUACUGUCAAUAUUAAUGACACAGAGGAUGAGCCUACUUUGCAGUUUGAUAAGAAAAUAUACCGUACCAAUGAGAGUGCUGGCUCUGUUUCUGUGCCCAUUGAAAGAAAAGGUGAUCCAGGAAGCGUUGUUUCAGCCGUUUGCUACACCGUAGCCAAAUCCGCAAAGGGCAGCAGCCUCUAUGCAAUGGAAUCAGGCUCUGAUUUCAAGUCCAGAGCGAUGUCCAAUGAAAACCGUAUUGUUUUCGGUCCAGGAGUUACCAUGUCCACCUGCAAUGUCCAACUAAUAGAUGACAGUGAAUAUGAGGAUGAAGAGGAAUUUGAAAUAGCCCUGACAGACGCAUCUGAGAAUGCAAGGAUCGGGAGCAUUGCGGCAGCUAAGAUUGUAAUUGAAGGACCAAAUGAUGCCUCCACUGUUUCUCUAGGAAAUGUCACUUUUACUGUCAGUGAAGAUGCAGGUUCUGUUGAUAUUCCAGUUAUCAGGAGUGGACCAGACCUUUCUGUUCCAACUUCAGUGUGGUGUGCCACUCGCACAUCUGACCCACCAUCUGCCACUCCAGGAAUUGACUACAUCCCUAGUUCCAAGAAGAUAGAAUUUAGGGCCGGAAAAACAGUAGAACACUGCACUCUGACGAUAAUGGAUGAUGCCCAGCACCCAGUGAUUGAAGGUUUAGAGACGUUUGUGGUGUUCCUAAGCUCUGCGCAAGGGGCAGAAUUGACAAAACCAUUCCAGGCUACGGUUACAAUUAACGAUACGUUCCAGGAUGUUCCCAGCAUGCAGUUCAGUAAAGAUGUCUUCACAGUGAAGGAGAAAGAUGGAGUCCUACAUCUCCCUGUCAUCCGUAGUGGAGAUUUAAGUUACGAGUCCUCAGUACGUUGUUACACUCAGUCUUUCACAGCUUUGGUGAUGGACGACUUUGAAGAAAGAAAAAACUCUGAUGAUUCCCGCCUGGCAUUUCUGAAAGGGGAGAAGGUGAAAAACUGUACUGUGUUGAUCAACGAUGAUUCUGUGUUUGAGCCAGAAGAAAAAUUUAAGAUUUAUCUCAGCAAUCCCCUUGGAAAUCAUUGGAGUGGGGCACGGAUUGGGAAAAUUGACAUGGCUACAAUCACCAUAUCCAACGACGAAGAUGCUCCCACAAUUGAAUUUGAAGAGGCUACUUACCAAAUUCGAGAGCCUCGAGAACCAGAUGGCAUAGCUACGUUAAAUAUCAAAGUUAUAAGAAGAGGAGACCAAAACAGGACAUCAAAAGUGCGUUGUAGCACACGAGAUGGAUCUGCUCAGUCUGGUGUGGAUUAUUACCCUAAAAGCCGUGUUCUUAAAUUUAGUCCUGGCAUGGAUCAUAUCAUAUUCAAGGUGGAAAUCCUAUCAAAUGAUGACAGGGAGUGGCAUGAAUCCUUUUCCUUGGUACUUGGACCAGAUGACCCUGUUGAGGCUGUUCUGGGUGAUAUCACCACUGCUACUGUUACAAUUCUAGAUCAGGAAGCUGCAGGAAGUCUGAUUUUACCAUCACCACCAAUAGUGGUAUCGUUGAAUGAUUAUGACCAUGUAGAAGAGGUCACCAAGGAAAGCACCAAGAAGUCGCCAUCUCCCGGUUAUCCAUUAGUGUGUGUCACACCCUGUGACCCCCACUUUCCCAAGUAUUCUGUUAUGAGGGAGCGUUGUGAAGAAGCCGGUAUCAAUCAGUCCACUAUUUUAUUCAGCUGGGAGGUGGCAACACCUACCGACUCCAAUGGAGCUCGAUCUCCAUUUGAAACAAUCACCGACACCACACCUUUCACAGGAGUCAAUCACAUGGUCUUGGACAGUAUUUACUUCAGUAGACGAUUUCACGUACGAUGCGUUGCCAAAGCAGUGGAUAAGGCAGGACACGUGGGAACACCACUGAGAAGCAAUAUCGUGACAAUUGGAAUAGACAGUGCCAUCUGUCAUACGCCUGUAGUAGCUGGGACUGCAAGAGGUUUUCAGGCCCAGUCCUUUAUUGCAACAUUGAAAUAUCUAGAUGUCAAACACAAAGAACAUCCCAAUAGGAUCCAUAUAUCUGUACAAAUCCCACAUCAAGAUGGGAUGCUGCCUCUCAUUUCCACCAUGCCACUACAUAACCUACACUUCCUGCUGUCUGAGUCUGUCUAUCGACACCAGCAUGUCUGCUCCAAUCUGGUCACAAUUCGCGACCUUAGAGGCCUUUCAGAGGCAGGAUUUUUGGAUGAGGUUACAUAUGACAGCAUUGCAGUGGGUCCUGGCUACGAUCGACCGUACCAGUUUGACCCUAGUGUGAGAGAACCAAAGACUGUCCAGCUUUAUAAGCACUUAAAUCUGAAAAGCUGCAUUUGGACUUUCGAUGCUUAUUAUGAUAUGACAGAACUCAUCGAUGUUUGCGGUGGAGCUGUGACAGCCGACUUUCAGGUGAGGGAUUCUGCCCAGUCCUUCUUAACGGUUCACGUGCCCCUGUACGUCUCUUACAUUUAUGUUACUGCGCCCAGAGGGUGGGCAUCCUUGGAGCAUCACACAGAAAUGGAAUUUUCAUUUUUCUAUGACACUGUUCUCUGGAGGACCGGUAUUCAGACAGACAGUGUUCUAUCAGCCAGGCUUCAGAUCAUAAGGAUAUAUAUUCGGGAGGAUGGCCGGCUGGUUAUUGAAUUUAAAACACAUGCAAAGUUCAGAGGACAGUUUGUUAUGGAUCACCAUACUCUUCCAGAUGUGAAAUCUUGUAUAGUGGCCCCAGACCACCUGGGAGGAAUCGAGUUUGACCUUCAACCUUUGUGGAGUGCACAGACUUUUGAUUCUCCGUAUCAGCUUUGGAGAGCAACCAGCUCCUAUAGCAGGAAAGAUUAUUCAGGAGAGUAUACCAUCUAUUUGAUCCCUUGUACUGUGCAGCCCACACAACCUUGGGUUGACCCUGGAGAUAAGCCAAUGGCCUGCACAGCCCACGCCCCAGAAAGGUUUCUCAUUCCAAUCGCCUUUCAGCAAACUAACAGACCGGUCCCAGUUGUAUAUUCUUUGAAUACUGAGUUUCAGCUUUGUAACAAUGAGAAAGUCUUCUUGAUGGAUCCUACCAAGACUGAAAUGUCCCUGGCUGAGAUGGAUUAUAAAGGAGCCUUCUCAAAAGGUCAAACCCUUUAUGGUAGAGUGCUGUGGAAUCCUGACCAAAACCUUAACUCUGCUUAUAAGCUACAACUGGAGAAAGUGUAUCUUUGCACUGGCAAAGAUGGAUAUGUGCCUUUUUUUGACCCAACUGGAACAAUUUACAACGAAGGUCCACAGUAUGGUUGUAUCCAGCCCAACAAGCAUCUAAAACAUAGAUUUUUACUCCUGGAUCAUCACCAGCCAGAGGUAACGGAUAAGUUCUUCCAUGAUGUCCCCUUUGAUGCCAGCUUUGCGUCAGAGUCACCAGAUUAUAACUCUAUGAGCAGUAUGCCCGGCGUGGAUGGAUUUACUAUGAAAGUUGAUGCUUUGUACAAGGUUGAAACUGGGCAUCAGUGGUACCUGCAGGUAAUCUACAUUAUUGGCCCAGAGACAAUGGCAGGACCCAGAGUACAACGUUCUCUAACCUACCAGAUUAGACGUUCCCGAAGAGAUCUAGUGGACAAGAAUGGUAGACUAACGUUGGAUGAUUCUUUAAUCUACGACAAUGAAGGUGACCAGGUCAAGAAUGGAACCAACAUGAAGACCUUGAGUCUAGAAAUGGAGACAGCAGCAGUUUCUGCCUCCCAAACAGGGGCUUCCAUCGGAAGUGCAUUUGCAGCCAUAAUGUUGUUGAUGCUCAUUCUCCUAGCUGUUUGCUUAAUAACACAAAAAUGCAGGAGACGAAGAAAGAAAAUGUCUUCAAGGGAUAUAGUAGAAGAAUAUCCACUCAACACAAAAGUAGACGCCUCAAAGAAAAACAUAAACCGAGCAGAAAAGAACUACAGCAAACAGCAUUGUACAGUUAGAAAUGUCAAUCUCCUCAAUGAAAAAGAGGAUGCUUAUGAGAUUAAAAGUGUCAAAGUGAAACAAGUUAAUCUGGAAGUUAAAGUCCACAACAAUCUACAUGAUGGAACCGAAGUUUGAUUGUCCAGCUGCACAUACUUAAAAUAUAUUUUAUUUAAAAAAUGGUCUUUUAUAACUGAUAAAACAUGAAAAGAAAGGAAAGAAGCACCUGUAUAUUUUAUAAUGUGUGGCAAAAAGGGGAAGGUAAGGGCUGAGUGCUGGACAGAUGUGCAGUAGAUACUUCAAAUGACAACUUAGCUACCUCGUUUUACCCAUGUUUGAGAUAGAAAGGGCAAGACGUGAGUGAAUUUGCUGUUUAUUCCCUUUCACUCUCAACAAUGUACUGCACAUGUUUAGAAUUGUGUCACCAAAGUUCAAGAAUGUGUCAUUAUAAAAAAUAUUAGCCUUACAUGACCUGAAUUCAUAUUAUAUUGAGUAAAAUAUUCAUUCCAUGUUGAUCAGCAUUCUACAAAUCUAAAUUCCUUUGUUAUUUCGCCACAAGACAUGUCUAGGGAAUUUUGUAGAAAAAUAUGCUGAUUUACAAUAUACAAGCCACUUAAGGAACAUUGCAAAAUUAAUUGACUCUGGUAAAAAUUCAGAGGAUAAACAAACAUAUAUUAUAUUUAUCAUCUUUUUUUAAAAAAUGGCAAUCAAAUGACUUUCUGAAUGUUUUUUUCAUUCAUCACACUCCAGUUACAAAAUGUAACUAUAACUGGUGAGUGAUGUCAGGGAUAAACAUAUUAAUUAUAUACCAAGGAAAUUAAUAGCUUGCGGAAAUGUUGGAACUUGAUUAAUAAUAUAAUUCUUUGUCUUAGCUGAACUCCAAAACACCCUUGUUAAGUUGCUUGGUGCAACACGUUUUUUCCCCCUAUUUUAUAUCAGAACCUUUUUCAUUGGAUCAUUUGACAAAAACACAUGCAAAUGAAGAGGGAAGAAAAAGAAGAACGAUGUUAAAGAGACAGAAGAAUGCAAUUAGAGAAGGGUGUAUAACGGAAAAAAUAAC